UUGUCCCCUCCACUUCUUUAUCCUUUUUUGUAUCUGUGUCAUUACUGUAUUAAACGUUUAAAUUUUGCUUCUCUAUGAAAUUGUAAUAAAGUGACAAUUUUUUCCUUCUGGGUUUGGUGGGUUUUUACAUUUUUCAUGGCUUCACUGCAAUUUUCUGUUUGUAUUGAUUCUUAUGAACCCAAAAAGCUCAAUUUCUAUCUAAGUUCUGUACAGUUAUUUGAUCGAACACCUGGUACCCGCUUCCUGAAUUCUGCAAAUGGAGGUGGGUCUUGUGUGAUUUUUGCUCAUUCUAAACAGAACCGUGUCAAAGGUGCUCGUUUUAAGUCUGAAUUAGUAGAUAGUUCAAUGAAUGGUGGUCAGGUUGAUAGUAGUGUAAGAUCGUUUGGGGAUGAUUUAGGGGGUGAAAAUUCAGUAGAUACUAAUUUUUCCAGUCACCGGGUGGUGGGUGCUAGAUAUGUGAGGAAGAGGUUUUGUGGUGCGAGGGGGAUACGAAAAGAGGAAUCGAACUUGAAGCUUGAUCCUUUAGGAAAGUCUAAUGAUAAAGUGUAUGAUGUUUGCCAUGAACUAGAUGUUGGCAAUUAUGGUGUUGGGUCGGAAUCGAGUGUAGCGUAUUGCAAUAAGGUAUUGAAAGGUCUUGAAAAGGGUGAAGAUAGUCAAGCGAUGAAAUUCUUUGAUUGGAUGAGAACUAAUGGUAAAUUGAUAGGGAAUGUGAUUGCUUACAAUUUGGCAUUGCGGGUUUUGGGGAGAAGAGGUGAUUGGGAUGCAGCAAUGAAUUUGAUUGAGGAGAUGAGAUCAGAAUCGAGAUGUGAGCUUGAGUUCCAGGUCUUUAAUACAAUAAUAUAUGCUUGUUCUAAGAAGGGACUUGUGGAUAUCGGUGCUAAAUGGUUCCGUUUGAUGUUGGAGUAUGAUGUAGAGCCUAAUAUUGCAACCUUUGGCAUGCUCAUGAGUUUGUACCAGAAGGGUUGGAAUGUGGAUGAGGCCGAGUUUGCAUUUUUCGAGAUGCGGAGAUUAGAUAUUAGGUGCCAAUCUGCGUACUCAGCGAUGAUCACAAUUUAUACUCGUCUUGGUUUGUAUGUCAAGGCAGAAGAGAUCAUUGAUAUGUUGUUCAAGGAUAAAGUAGUUAUGAAUGUUGAAAAUUGGUUGGUUGUGCUCAAUGCUUAUAGCCAACAAGGGAAGCUAGAAGAAGCUGAAAGUCUUUUGGUUUCAAUGCGCGAAGGAGGCUUUCCCCCAAAUAUAAUUGCUUACAACACACUUAUAACUGGGUAUGGAAAGGUAUCUAAUAUGGAUGCUGCUGAACAAAUGUUCCAGAACUUGCAAAAUGUAGGUCUUCAGCCUGAUGAAACAACGUACAGGUCUAUGAUUGAAGGUUGGGCUAGAUUUGGUAACAAUGAGAAAGCGAAGUGGUACUAUAAGAGACUCAAAGAUCUGGGGUUUACUCCAACUUCCUCUAAUUUGUACUCUUUGAUGAACUUGUCGGCUAAACAAAUGGAUGAAGAUGGUGCUAUUAUGAUUCUUGAUGACAUGGUGAAGUUAGGCUGCCAACCUUCCUCCAUUCUUGGCUCUCUUUUGCAAGCUUAUGAAAAAUUUGGAAGGUUUGAUAAAUUUCCCCAAAUUCUGAGAGGUUCUCUCCACGAUCAUGUGCUAGACAACCAGACGGCAUGCUCAAUAUUAGCUAUGGCAUAUGUAAAAUACUCCUUGGUGGAUGAUGCUAUUAUGCUUCUCAAGUGUAAGCGCUGGAAAGACCCGGCUUUUGAGGAUAACUUGUUCCAUUUGCUAAUUUGUUCUUGCAAGGAAAUGGGGCAUCUGGAAAAUUCUGUCAAAAUAUUUACCCAUAUGCUGACAUCUGAUAAACACCCAAACAUGCAUAUUCUUUCAACCAUGAUUGACAUCUACAGUAGUAUGAAUCAAUUUUCCAAUGCAAACAGUACUUAUCAGCUACUAAAGUCUUCAGGACUUGCUAUGGACAUGGUUGCGUAUAGCAUUGUCAUCAGAAUGUAUGUUAAAUUUGGAUAUCUGGGUGAUGCUAACUAUGUUUUGGAUGAGAUGGACAAGCAGGGAAAUAUCGUCCCUGAUGUUUAUUUGUUGCGUGACAUGCUUCGAGUGUAUCAAAGAUGCAAUAAACAAAACAGAUUAGCAGACUUGUAUUAUAAAAUCUUGAAGAGUGGGGUUACCUGGGAUCAGGAAAUGUACAAUUGUGUUAUCAAUUGCUGCGCUCAUGCUUUGCCCGUGGAUGAGCUUUCAAGGCUCUUUAGUGAGAUGACUCAAAAAGGGUUUGUUCCCAAUACUACCACCUAUAAUGUUAUGCUUGAUGUUUAUGGGAAGUCCAAACUUUUCAAAAAGGCUAGCAAAAUCUUUUGGAUGGCUAAGAAUCAGGGAUUGGUUGAUGAGAUAUCUUACAAUACUCUUAUUGCAGCAUAUGGUCGAAGCAAAAAAGUCAAGAAAAUGAGGAAAACUGUGCGACUGAUGCAGUUUAAUGGUUUUUCCGUAUCCCUUGAAGCCUACAACUCUAUGCUGAAUGCUUAUGGAAAAGUAGGUCAUAUCGACAAAUUUAAAAGUGUCUUGCAAAGACUGAAGGAGUCUAGUUACACUUCAGAUCACUAUACAUACAAUAUACUCAUAAAUAUAUAUGGAGAACAAGGAUGGAUUGAGGAAGUUGCGACAGUGUUAACUGAGCUAAAAAAAUAUGGACUUGGACCAGAUUUAUGCAGCUAUAAUACGUUGAUAAAGGCGUAUGGGAUUGCCGGAAUGGUUGAAGAAGCUGUCGGGGUGAUCAAAGAAAUGAGACAUAAUGGAGUAGAUCCUGAUAGGAUUACUUACGUCAACUUGAUAUCUGCAUUGCGCAAGAAUGACAAGUUUCUAGAAGCUGUUAGAUGGUCUUUGUGGAUGAAGCAAAUGGGUUUGAGCUGAAGAAGAUCUUGCACUUUCCAUACCCUUUGUUCAAAUUUGUUUUUUGUAUUUAGCAACGGUUCUUUCUGGGCUCUUGAUGUUGAUAAUUACGAUGAAGAAGACACAACAAUGGGUAUGUUGAACCCCAAUUAAAUCUACUGAUAGUCCUCUAGAUUUGGACAUUGAUGAGAAGUAACACAACAUAUGAGGUACAACUACAGCUACAGGCAGGUCCCAGUACCGUGUUUUGUACUUCGGGGUCUGGCAAAGUCUUGGGUUAUGAGGUGCCGCACGCCAUAACCUUGAUUCGAAUGAUAUGGGCUUGCUAAGAGAUACAUUUUCUUUUUUUAGCAUGUUAUUGAGUUUUAUUUCAUUUCCUUCUGAAAAGCUUUAAACUUUUCUUCAUUGAUGAACUUUAUGAAUAGUCAAGACUCCAAUAUGGUUCAUCCAUAUCUUCCAACUAACAAUUACACAUCAGAAAGCACAAUAAACCAAGCCUGAGCUUUGCCAUAGCUUUUGUUUUAGAUUCUAGACCCUCCAUAUUGAUAUUUGAUUCGAACCUAUUAGCAAACUGACUUUGCGAAUGAAUUUGAUCCUUUAUAUGGAAGCUUUGAUUCAUAGAAUAUGGCUACAAAUGUCCUAUUUAGGCAAGGAAAAUUCCAAAAAUUUUAUCAAGUGAAGUUGAAUUUUAAAACUAAUUGGUUAGCUCUACCCUAUUCUUGGGAUCUAAGCUCAAGUCUCUGUCGUUUGAGUUUGCUACAUCAUGGUCAAAAAGCUCUCACAUAAAAAAUUACAAUGUUGUGAACUUCAAGGGACAAAGGAUUAUUCAUUAGCACUCUGUUUGGAUAUAGAGGAAAUGAAAGGAAAGGAAGAGGAGGGAUUUGAAAGGAUGGAGGAUUCCUUGUUUGGAUGACAAGAAGGGAGGGGAAGGAUUUGGAGGAAAACAUGGAUAAAUUUUGUUAGGAAUACAAUCUCUCCUAAUAAAAUGGAAAGAUUUGGAGGGUAAAACAUUCGUUUUCCUUCCCUUCUAAACAAAUAAGGUGCACUCUCUCUACUUACUCUUUCCCUCCUCCUUCCCCUUUCCCUUUCUUUCUUUCUCUCUUAAUUUACUAUCUAAACAUAGUGUAAAUCCACGAUUGAAGAUCAAAUCUUGAAAUGAAUGCAUAUAUAUGCAUGAAACGGCAAAUUUUUCAUUUUUUAUGGGAAGCUAUAGAUAUGGCCAAAUCAUGUUUGCUUGUACUUGCAAGUAAUUUAAAACCCUUGUAACUUUUCAGCUAUCACAUAUGAACAUGGGAAGACUUGCUGAAACUGAAACUACAUGUGUCUUGCCUUAAAGGAAAUAAUGACAUUCUAUUUUGUUGUACACAUGCUAGGUAGUAGGUUGAUGACUUUUCUGUGAUCUUGGAGCAGGUAUACAUCAAUAUUUGGAUGCCUAAUUUGAUAUGCUACUGAAGUUGGUAAUACUCGUCGAAGAUAUCUCCACCGAAGAGAAAAACUGAGACAUACAGAUAUGGUAGACACGUGAGUAUGGGUUAGCGUUACUGCAGCGACAGGGAUAGCUCUGGCCUCUACUGUUGGGAUUUUAUACAGUGUAGGACGCGAUGUAGAAGUAUGGAUGUAGUACAUGUGAAUGCACAAUUUGACGGUUUGUAAAUUGUAAGCAUAGGGGUUGGCAAACGGAAAUGGGAAUUUGGUACUCGAAGUUUGAUUUAAAAAAACUGGGAAAGGCAAAGGAGUGAGAAUAAAAAAAUUAAAUGUGUAUGGAAGUUACUAAUAUGUAAAACUAACUCAUUCUUACUUAAUUUCUUUAAUCUUAUUAAAAGUAAAAAGACCUUAUAUAUAUAUAUAUAUAUAUAUAUAUAUAUAUAUAUAUAAGUCAUAAGUUUUAAGUCUUAAUUUACUUGGCUUUCGAAAGGAUAUUUUCCUUGAGAUUUACAAGUCUGUAAGCUUUCGAAAGGAUAUUUUCCUUGAGAUUUAGAAGUCUGUAAGUCUCAUUUUUAUGUCCAUUGGACCAAUAACUUCAAACAAAUAAAUAAAGUCUCCCCAAUUCCCUUGAAGCAAACACCUCUAAUUACCAAGAUAAGGUAAGUAUGCUUAUAUUAAUGCGUUUUAAAGGAUCGAGCUUGAAAACUCACUAAUAAAGGUAUUACAAUGGAGUUAAAAAUCAAAGAGAAGAGAAUGAAGAAAAUGUAUUUACUAGGAA